AUGGCUCAUUCGGUGCCCCUACUUGUCGCUGCAGCCCUUGUGGCAUUUUAUGUUCUCCGCUCAGGCCUCCUUCGCCCGUAUCUGACCUUCUUCUGGCACUGUUUCAUCCGCCCCAUCCCAGGUCGUGACCAGAAAAGUCGUCUUGACGAGUUUUAUGCUGGGCAAGCUCUUGUCUACGAUUCCACACGAAAUGGCCUCUUGCGUGGUCGUCGGACAAUGUUGGGCCUUUCUGCCGCUCACCUCAGAGCCCUGCGGGCCAAAUCUCCCGAAAAGCGUCUCGUUUGGGUCGAUAUCGGUGGCGGCACAGGCUACAACAUAGAGCUCAUGGACAGCUUUUUCCCCAUUUCACAGUUCGAUGCCGUCUAUGUCAUCGACCUUUGCAAUCCAUUGCUCGAAGUUGCCAGGAAAAGAUUUGCAGCAAGAGGUUGGACGAAUGUCACCGUUCUCUGCCAGGAUGCCGCAGAGUUCAGCCUUCCGGAAUGGACUGGCGAUCGGGAUCCCAAAGGCAGCGUCAGCUUUAUCUCACUCAGUUAUUCCCUUUCCAUGAUACCCAGUUUCUAUCCUGUGCUUGAUAGGAUUGACCACGUUCUUGACCCACAAAACGGUCUUCUUUCUGUUGUUGAUUUCUACACCGCCGGAAAGCAUCCUUCACUGCACGAGAAAGCCAUCGGCGGGGUGAGCAAAGAGUGUGGAUGGCUCUCUCGAUGGUUCUGGCAGGUCUGGUUUGACUUCGAUCACGUCUCUCUGAGCCCUGCUCGUCGCUCGUAUCUAGAAUACAAAUUCGGCACCAUUAAGAGCUACAACGGCCGCAAUAAGUUCGUGGUGCCUUUCAUCGUUCGCAUUCCAUACUACAUCUGGCUUGGCCGAUCGCGUUCUUGCGUGGAUGUUGCCAGUGCAUGUCAUGCAUUUGAAGUUGAAGGCGGAAAUACUAUCGGUAACUGCUCACCCGUGGCACUCAAAGCAAUCAAAGAGGCAGAAAACGUUCCUUCCCUUCAAAUAGGAGAACCUGCCCUUGCACUCCAGGCUACCGUUAUAGAUAUUGCCCCACCAUUCAGCUCUUUCCAUUAUCAUGUCAACAGUGAAGAUCCGUUUGAAGAUAUGAAGCACCUUCAGCUGUCUUCUGACGACUCAAUGCUUGUUAUUACCAGUGCAGGAGACAACGCCUUGCAUUACGUGGCAACUGCCGGGAUUAAACGGAUUCAUUGUGUCGAUAUGAAUCCUUGCCAAGGCCAUCUCCUCGAGCUCAAACUGGCGGCAAUCAAGUCUCUCGACCACAAUGAUUUUUUUGCGCUAUUCGGAGCAGGGAAACACGCCAACUUCCGCGGUUUACUCGAUACCGUCCUUGCACCCCAUCUCAGUUCAAGUGCAUAUCAAUUUUGGCGGGUCAAUAGCAAUGCCUUCUCCUCUUCAUUCUAUCUACGCGGGUACAGUGGGUGGGCGCUACGACUAGCUAGCUGGAUAUUUCGCUUGGCUGGCGUCACAAAAGAUAUUCAAGCGUUGUGCAACGCAGAAAACCUUCAGCAGCAACAAGACAUAUGGCAACAGAAACUCCGCCCAGUUCUUCUCAAUCCUGUCGUCGUCAGCUUUGUGGUUAGGAAUCCGGUAUUUUUGUGGAACGCACUGGGCGUUCCGGUCAACCAGACUAGAAUGUUGUUGGACGAAGGAUCGGUUUAUGAGUUUGUGCGCGACACGUUGGAACCGCUUGCCUCGUCGUAUCUCUUCAAGAAUGACAACUACUUUUAUCUGCUGGUAUCAGCCUUGCUCGGACAUUACACUGCCGAGUCCUGUCCCGAAUACCUGACACGCCGUGGUUUCGAAGCUCUCAAAUCAAAGGACGGAGCUGCUCUCGAUGCCUUCCGCCUCCACACAGAUAGCAUUGUCAAUGUUUUGCGUGGACUGGCAGAAGCCUCGUUAACGCGGUCCUUGGUCAUGGACAGCAUGGAUUGGUUUCCUCCAGGAUCAAAGGAACUGGAAGAGGAGGUUGCGCAGUUUCAUCGCGUGUUGGCGCCAGGAGGUUGCUUAUUUUGGCGUUCGGCUGCUCGACUUCCUUGGUACAAUGCGCGAUUUGAAGCAGGUGGUUUCACGGUAACUUGUUUGGGUGUCCGGAAAGGGCCGGAAGCAGCCAUCGACCGAGUGAAUAUGUAUGCGUCGUUUUGGCGUGCGGUGAGGCUAUGA